UAGCGCUCGGGGCAGGGCCACUCGGCCUGCGGCCUUUGCACUUGGCUGGAAGCUGGCAGGCGAUCACGGUUGAUUGGCUCGGGUGCGGUCCAAGGACAGCACCGCCUUCGGCGGGCCGCCUAGGAUGAUUGGCUGCUGCAGACCCACCCCCUUGCCGGUUUGCGGGGCGGCGAAGCCUGGAUUGGUGGAGCUAAGAGCUGGCUCAGUUGCAGCGCUGGCUCUUCGUGCAGAGCAGAGAUGGCGACUGCGACUCGGCUGCUGGGGUGGCGUGUGGUGAGCUGGAGGCUGCGGCCGCCGCUUGCCGGCUUCGUUUCCCAGCGGGCCCACUCGCUUUUGCCCGUGGACGAUGCAAUCAACGGGCUAAGCGAGGAGCAGAGGCAGCUUCGUCAGACCAUGGCUAAGUUCCUUCAGGAGCACCUGGCCCCCAAGGCCCAGGAGAUUGAUCGCAGCAACGAGUUCAAGAACCUGCGAGAAUUUUGGAAGCAGCUGGGGGACCUGGGCGUAUUGGGCAUCACAGCCCCUGUUCAGUAUGGCGGCUCCGGCCUGGGCUACCUGGAGCAUGUGCUGGUGAUGGAGGAGAUAUCCCGAGCUUCUGGAGCAGUGGGGCUCAGUUACGGUGCCCACUCCAACCUCUGCAUCAACCAGCUUGUACGCAAUGGGAAUGAGGCCCAGAAAGAGAAGUAUCUCCCGAAGCUGAUCAGUGGUGAGUACAUCGGAGCCCUGGCCAUGAGUGAGCCCAAUGCAGGCUCUGACGUUGUCUCUAUGAAGCUCAAAGCGGAAAAGAAAGGAAAUCACUACAUCCUGAAUGGCAACAAGUUCUGGAUCACUAAUGGCCCUGAUGCUGACGUCCUGAUUGUCUAUGCCAAGACAGAUCUGGCUGCUGUGCCAGCUUCUCGGGGCAUCACAGCCUUCAUUGUGGAGAAGGGUAUGCCUGGCUUUAGCACCUCUAAGAAGCUGGACAAGCUAGGGAUGAGGGGCUCUAACACCUGUGAGCUAAUCUUUGAAGACUGCAAGGUUCCUGCUGCCAACAUCCUGGGCCGUGAGAAUAAGGGUGUCUAUGUGCUGAUGACUGGGCUGGACCUGGAGCGGCUGGUGCUGGCUGGGGGGCCUCUCGGGCUCAUGCAAGCGGUCCUGGACCACACCAUUCCCUACCUGCACGUGAGGGAAGCCUUUGGCCAGAAGAUCGGCCACUUCCAGUUGAUGCAGGGGAAGAUGGCUGACAUGUACACCCGCCUCAUGGCGUGUCGGCAGUAUGUCUACAAUGUCGCCAAGGCCUGCGAUGAGGGCCACUGCACUGCUAAGGACUGUGCAGGUGUGAUUCUUUACUCAGCUGAGUGUGCCACACAGGUAGCCCUGGAUGGCAUUCAAUGUUUUGGUGGCAAUGGCUACAUCAAUGACUUUCCCAUGGGCCGCUUUCUUCGAGAUGCCAAGCUGUAUGAGAUAGGGGCUGGGACCAGCGAGGUGAGGCGGCUGGUCAUCGGCAGAGCCUUCAAUGCAGACUUUCACUAGUCCUGAGACCCUUUUCUGCACCUAGUGGCCUUUCUUGGGAAGUAGAGAUGUGGCAGCUCUCCCACCCUGCCCACAGCAGGCCCUCCUGCCCAGCUGCUCUUGUCAGCCCUCUGGCCUCUGGAUGAGGUUAAGUUCUCCACAACAACUCCCAAGCAUCAUGGGCCUCACAGCAGGGCCUGUGCCACGACUAGUGUUCUGUGACUUAAAAUGGACUCAGCAGGAAGCAUAUUGUCUGGGGAUUGUUGGGACAGGUUUUGGUGACUCUGUGCCCUUGCUCUCUAACUUCUGAGCCCACCUUCCAGGGUAGGCACCUGGGGGCAUGCAGGUACCCACCUCUUUCUUUUGGGUGAGCCUCUGGCAGGGAGAUCUCUCUGCUCAAGCACAGCAGAAUCAUGGCCCCUCUCCAUGAAUUGGAACUUGGUACAGAUUAAGUAUCCCUAAUCCUGAAAUCUGAAACACUCUGGUUCCAAGCAUUUUGGAUAAGGCAAAUUCAACUUGCAGUCUCUUUUCUGGGGGAAAAAAAUAAUAAACCUAGCCUAGCCAGGCGUGGUGGCUCACGCUUGUAAUCCCAGCAGUUCAGGAGGCCAAGGUGGGUGGAUCACCUGAGGUCAAGAGUUCAAGACCAGCCUGGCCAACAUGUGGAACCCUCGUCUCAACCAAAAAUAGAAAAAAUUUAGUUGGGCAUGGUGGUGGGAGCCUGUAAUCCCAGCUACUUCAGGAGGCUGAGGCAGGAGAAUCACUUGAACCCAGGAGGCGGAGGUUGCAGUGAGCUGAGAUUGUGCCAUUGCACUCCAGCCUGGGCGACAAGAGCAAAACUCUUCAAAAAACAAAACAAAACAAAACAAAAAACCUGGCCCUUGCUUCUUCCAGUUUCUAGAGGUAUCAGCUUCUAGCAGCUUAUGAACACAUACGCUUGCUUGGCCAGGCAGGGUGGUGUGUGCCUGUAAUGCCAGCACUUUGGGAGGCCCAGGCAGGAAAAUCACUUGAGCCCAGGAGUUCAAGGCUGUAGUGAGCUAUGAUGAUACCACUGUACUCCAGCCUGAGCAACAGACUGAGACCCUGUCUCUAAAAAUAAAAAUAAAUGAUGGCUGGGUGCCAUGGCACAUGUCUGUAAUCCCAGCACUUUGGGAGGCCAAGGCAGGUGGAUCACUUGCACUCAGGAGUUCCAGACCAGCCUGGCCAACAUGGUGAAACCCCAUCUCUACUAAAAAUACAAAAAUUAGCCAGGGGUGGUGGUGCACGUCUGUAAUCCCAGCUACUCAGGAGGCUGAGGCAGAGAAUUGCUUGAACCCGGGAGGCGGAGUUUGCAGUGAGCCAAGAUCACACCACUGCACUCCAACUUGCGCGACAGAGCAAGACUCUGUCUCAAAAAAUAAUAGGCCGGGCGUGGUGGCUCAUGUCUGUAAUCCCAGCACUUUGGGAGGCCGAGGCGGGCAAAUCACAAGGUCAGGAGUUCAAGACCAGCCUGACGACCAACAUGGUGAAACCUCGUCUCUACUAAAAAUACAAAAAUUAGCCGGGCCUGGUGGCGCACACCUGUAAUCCCAGUUACUCAGGAGACUGAGGCAGGAGAAUCGCUUGAACGCAGGAGGCGGAGGUGGCAGGAGCUGAGAUUGCGCCAUUGCACUCCAGCCUGGGCAACAGAGUGAGACUCUGUCUCAAAAAAUAGUAAUAAAAUAAAUGAACACACAUGCUGCUAAGAGUCUGCAGUGGGGCAGAGCAGAGGACGGCAUGCUUUUGUGUGCUACUGGAAGACUGGCUCCUCCUGUACAGCACCUCUGAGCCCUUGUGCACCGCCCUGCCACGGGCACCUUCCAGUCCUGGCCAUGUGACCACCCACAGCUGACUGGGUAGCAGGCAUAGGCCCUACCCAAGCAGGCCGGAGUUGGCUCGCCUGACUCCAGCUGAGGCUGCCUGUGUACAUUUCUCCAGAUACCCUAUGGCUAAUUUUGUUAUAACUGCACAGUGGCUGCUGCCAUUUUGUAUUAAAUAUAUUGUGAAACAAACCCAUCUGCUUCUAAACCAGUGAUUUUGGGGAGAAGCAAUCUACUUGCCGCUGCUUCCUGUCUGGAUCCAGCUUGUGUCCUUGGAGAGUGGCUGGUCCAGGUCCUAUUCCUGUCCGCCAGCCCGUUCUUUCAUGAGGGACAGGAAGGUAAAAUCAGCCCUUAGGAUAGAGGUCUCAGCCUCCCUUUCCCAGAUCUCCCAGUGAGUUUUAACGGAAGCAGGGAGCCCAGAGUGCUAAGUUCUUACAGCCAGAAAGAAGCUUAUAGAUUUCUGAAAACCGCCCCUAUGUUUUUAAAAAGAUCAACACAAUUUGACUUUCUCAAGGUCAAAACGAACUAGAAUCCAGAUCUGCUAGUGGGAAAAAUGGAGGUGUUCUGAGAAUUCCAGCUUUGGGCCCCACUGUACAACAGUCUGGAUAGAGUGUGAUCUGAGAAGGGAAUGGGUCUGUGUUGUUCCACCCCUUCUGAGUUCCAAAAAGAGGGAACUGGUUUUCUUGGCUCUCAGCCCAGCAGCGCCUAUCCUGGCUUUUGGUCCUGGCCUGCAGCCAAGUGCUGUUCCUAGCCUGAGGCUUGAGACAGGUGGGGUUAGCUCCUCACCAACCCCAGUUCAGUCCCAUCCUGAGGGCAAGAUCUUGGCCUCAUAGGCAGUGCCUUUCACUUCCUUGUCUUGCUCCCUGCUGUGUUGGAGAUGAAUGUGAUUAAAAGGGCCAUCUUGCUGGCUUAAUGUGUGGCUGGAGCGACCAGCCUGGAGACAAUGUGGCAAAAUGGGGUGCUUCAUCCAGUCUGUCUAAGCCCUGUCGACUUGGGGAGGCGAUUUCUUUCCUGAUUCUGUAUGUGAAGCAAAAUAAAUGUUUUAAAAUUAAAAGCAAAAAACCAAAAUGAA